CACAUCCUUCCCCAUUACCAGUAAUAAUAUCCAUUUAAUUGGCAUCCGACAAAGCUCACAGCUCUGCUAAUAGUCUAAUUUGUCUCGUUUCUAAUAUUUUUUUUUCUUUGCUUUCUUCUUCUUUCGCUCUUUUUCUGUCCCCUCUUUCCCUCCCCCACUCCCUCCUCCUUAUCCCUUGGCAGGAUUCCACUAGAGAGCAUGAGAUUAGUUUGCUGGGAGUUUGGGAAACAAGAUGCAGAGCCACCAGAAAGAGCACCUAUACAAGAUCUUGGUGAUCGGUGACUUGGGCGUCGGAAAAACCAGUAUCAUCAAACGCUAUGUCCACCAGAACUUCUCGCCCCAUUACAGAGCCACCAUCGGGGUCGAUUUUGCCCUAAAAGUGCUGAGUUGGGAUUCAGACACGGUGGUGCGGUUACAACUAUGGGACAUCGCUGGCCAAGAACGAUUUGGAAACAUGACAAGAGUCUACUACCGAGAAGCAGUCGGCGCGUUUAUCGUCUUCGACGUCACAAGGCCGGCGACCUUUGAAGCGGUGGCAAAGUGGAAGGAGGAUUUAGACUCAAAACUGACUCUUUCAAAUGGGGUGCCGGUAUCAGCUGUGCUUCUAGCCAACAAAUCUGACCAGGGAAAAGAUAAUUUUAAGAACCAUUUCACCAAAAUGGACCAGUUUUGCAAGGAACACGGUUUUGUCGCUUGGUAUGAAACGUCUGCAAAGGAAAAUAUAAAUAUUGAUGAAGCCUCCAGAUGCCUCGUGAGCCACAUAAUCGCCAGUGAGAGUGAUCAAAUGCAGCCCGUGGAACCCGACAUUGUAAAGCCCCAAAUGAAUUCUUCCAAGAUUCUUCCAAGUUGUUCUGCUUGCUUUAAGUCCUAGGAGCUGCUCCUCUGAACCUUUGUUAAAUAAUGAAGCCAAUAAAUGCUUUCUGCUUGGUAAAUUCGUGUUUUUUUAUUAAUGUCUCGCCUUCAGCUGAUAAUACGAGGAAAGGGGUCAUUUACGCAACUGCUUGAUAAAAAGAUGAAAUGGAUGAAAGCUGAAAUUUGCAACAUUAAGUUGUGUCCAAACAUGCUCCUGCACUUUCAUAUAGGUAUAAAUUACAUCCAUCCUAACUCAGCUAAUGAAUGGAGCUCAAGUAUACUGAUGCUGGAGCUACCUCCAUCCUGGACUUGGCAGUAGCUCCAGCAUACUCUGAGGAAGUGCCAGAAAAUAGGGCACGAAACGUGUCAGUAGUUGAUACACUGUACCAGUCUGAAUGGCUUUGAAUGUAAUUAUUAAAUAAAGGAAUUAAGUUUUUUUUUGGUCCUGGA